AUGGACAGAAGAGGAAACGAUGCACCGGCGAUCGGCAUUGACCUUGGAACAACCUACUCAUGUGUCGCCGUUUGGAAGCAUGAUCACAUCCAAAUCAUUCCCAACGAUCAGGGCAAUAGAACCACACCGUCUUGUGUUGCUUUCAGUGAUGCAGAACGUUUAAUCGGCGAUGGCGCCAAGAACCAAGUGGCCAUGAACCCUGCUAACACCAUAUUUGAUGCUAAGAGGUUGAUUGGAAGGAGGUUCAGUGAUUCCAAAGUGCAGGAAGACAUGAAGUUGUGGCCUUUUAGGGUCAUACAAGGGCCUGCUGACACACCAAAGAUUGUUGUCUCGUACAAAGGUGAAGAGAAGGAAUUUUCGGCAGAAGAAGUUUCAUCCAUGAUUCUUGGGAAGAUGAAAGAAACUGCUGAGGCAUACCUUGGAAAAGUUGUGAAAGAUGCUGUGAUAACUGUCCCAGCUUACUUUAACGAUUUGCAACGUCAAGCAACAAAGGAUGCUGGAGCUAUUGCUGGACUUAAUGUCAUUCGCAUCAUCAAUGAACCUACAGCAGCUGCAAUUGCUUAUGGUCUUGACAAUAAGUCUGAUAUUACUCGCAAGAUCACUGUGCUGGUAUUCGAUUUGGGUGGUGGCACUUUCGAUGUCUCUCUAUUGACCAUUGCAAAAGGUGGAACCAUUGAGGUGAAAGCUGUUGGUGGUGACACUCAUUUGGGAGGUGAGGAUUUUGAUAACCGCAUGGUGGAUCAUUGUGUUAGGGAAUUCAAGAGGAGAUGGAAUAAAGACUUAACUGGGAACAAAAGAGCAUUGGGGAGGCUGAGAUGUGCUUGUGAGAAAACAAAAAGGAUUCUCUCAUGCAGUAUUCAAACUUCCAUCGAAAUAGAUGGCUUGCAUGAGGGGAUUGAUUUUUCCAUGAAAUUCAGUCGAGCUAAAUUUGAAGAGCUGAACAUGAGUUUCUUCGAUAAAUGUAUUGCGACUGUGAAUGCAUGUUUAAGCGAUGCAAAGAUGAAGAAAUCGUGUGUAAAAAAGGUGAUUCUUGUUGGUGGGUCAACUAGAAUACCAAAGGUCCAGAGUAUGUUGCAGGAACUUUUUAACGGGAAGGAAUUAUGCAAGAGCUUGAACCCUGAUGAGGCUGUUGCAUAUGGUGCAGCCGUCAUGGCCUCAAAGUUAAGUGGUAAUAGUGAUAAACGUUUUCGAGAUUUAAUAUUAUUGGACGUCACUCCUUUGUCCAUUGGUGAAGAAACUAAAGGAGAAGUAUUUAGUGUUGUGAUCCCAUGGAACACUCCAAUACCUACCAAGAAAUCAAAAGAGUUUCAGACAUGUCAUGAUAACCAAUCUCAUACAACUAUUAGGGUGUAUCAAGGUGAAAGAGCACGAUCCAAAGAUAACCAUUUGUUGGGGAAGUACACACUUUCAGGACUACCACCGGCUCCAAAAGGAAUUACAACGUUCAGAAACAGCUAUGAAAUAGAUAACAAUGGUAUCCUAACAGUGACGUCAGAGAUAUUAUCCACCCGUAAGAGGAAGAGAGUCACGAUUACCAAUGAAAAUGGAAGACUCUCCAAGGAAGAGAUUGAGAGGAUGAUAGAAGAUGCUGACAAGUACAAACAGGAGGACCAAGAAUACAUGAAGAAAGCAGCUGCACCCAAUGCAUUGGACGACUGCAUAUACGACAUAAAGAAUAUGAUAAAAAGCAUGGAGCAUGGUGAGAGGUUGAUGAAAAUGAAGAAGGCAGUUGAUUAUACCACCAAUUGGCUCGAUCAUAACCAAGCUCCAUCUCUUGAUGAGCUUCAACACAUGAAGGAACAUCUCGAGGCAGUAUGCAUGCCCACGUUUUAG